CCCAGAGCGCUUUUCCCCGGCCCAGGCCCAGGCACAGCGAGGGUCCCGGCAGCCGCAUCCCUAGACACCCGCCUCUGCCCGCGCGGCAUGAACCGCAAGAAGUUGCAGAAGUUGACGGACACCUUAACUAAAAAUUGCAAGCAUUUUAAUAAAUUUGAAGUGAAGUGUCUUAUAAAACUUUAUUAUAACUUGGUGGGAGAUAUAAUAGAGCGACAAGGUGUGGUCAAUGGACUGGAUCGUAAUGCAUUUAGAAACUUCUUGCAUGUGACAUUUGGAAUGACAGAUGACAUGAUUAUGGACAGAGUAUUCCGAGGUUUUGAUAAAGACAAUGAUGGUUGUGUAAGUGUAUCAGAGUGGGUAUAUGGAUUAUCACUGUUUCUUCGAGGAACUUUGGAAGAAAAAAUGAAAUAUUGCUUUGAAGUGUUUGAUUUGAAUGGUGAUGGAUUCAUUUCAAAGGAGGAAAUGUUCCACAUGUUGAAGAACAGCCUUCUUAAACAGCCAUCUGAAGAAGACCCUGAUGAAGGAAUCAAAGAUUUGGUUGAAAUAACACUUAAGAAAAUGGAUCAUGACCAUGAUGGGAAACUGUCCUUCUCAGACUAUGAACAAGCUGUGAGAGAAGAAACUCUUCUACUGGAAGCUUUUGGACCAUGUCUACCUGAUCCAAAGAGCCAAAUGGAAUUUGAAGCCCACGUAUUCAAAGAUCCAAAUGAAUUCAUUGAUAUGUGAAUAACUAACACUGUCUGUGUUGCCUCAAAUGAGUAUAAAAAAGGAGGUGUAUAUGUAUUGUAUAUA